UGAGCCGGCCUCUCGGAGCGCCGCCCGCACUUCCGGGGGCCUCGAGCCGGGCCCGAGUCUUCCCGGUAGGCGGCGCGGGCGGGAGCGGAGGUUGGCGGGGCCGGCCCGGGCGGAUCCCCUGCUCCCCUCCAUGCGAGCAGCUCCCCGAGCCCGCAUCUGGCGAAGGCUGCCCGGAAAGGUGGGGCCGGUGGCCGAGCCGGGAACAUGAGGCAGUGUCUCCUCUCGCUGACCGGCCUGGUUGCUGUGGUGCUGGCGCCGAGACCUCCGGACGACGCGGACCUCGGCUCCCACCAGCGGCUCGAGGAACUUGACUCUCUGCUCUCGGACUACGAUAUCCUCUCUCUCGCUAACAUCCAGCAGCACUCCGUAAGGAAAAGGGAUCUGCAGGCCUCGACACACUUAGAAACACUGCUAACUUUUUCAGCUUUGAAAAGGCAUUUUAAAUUAUACCUGACAUCAAGUACUGAACGCUUUGCACAGAAUUUCAAGGUCGUGGUGGUGGAUGGUAAAGAUGAAAGCGAGUACGCUGUGAAGUGGCAGGACUUCUUCAGUGGACAUGUGGUUGGUGAGCCUGAUUCCAGGGUUCUAGCCCACAUAGGAGAUGACGAUGUUACAAUAAGAAUCAACACUGAUGGGGCAGAAUAUAAUAUAGAGCCACUUUGGAGAUUUGUCAAUGAUCCUGAAGACAAAAGAAUACUAGCUUAUAAGUCUGAAGAUAUUAAGAAUGUUUCGCGUUUGCAGUCUCCAAAAGUGUGUGGAUAUGUAAAAGUGGAUAAUGAAGAGUUGAUUCCCAAAGGACUAAUAGACAUAGAACCUCCAGAAGAGCUUGCUCGCCGGGUGAAGAGGAGAGCGGAGCCUGACCCCAUGAAGAACACGUGCAAGCUGCUGGUGGUCGCAGACCACCGCUUCUACAGAUACAUGGGCCGAGGGGAGGAGAGCACCACCACCAAUUACCUAAUAGAGCUAAUUGACAGAGUUGAUGAUAUCUAUCGGAACACUUCAUGGGACAAUGCGGGAUUUAAAGGUUAUGGAAUACAGAUAGAACAGAUUCGCAUUCUCAAGUCUCCGCAAGAGGUGAAACCUGGUGAACGGCACUAUAACAUGGCAAAAAGUUUCCCAAACGAAGAAAAGGAUGCUUGGGAUGUGAAGAUGUUGCUGGAGCAAUUUAGCUUUGAUAUUGCUGAAGAAGCGUCUAAAGUCUGCCUGGCGCACCUUUUCACUUACCAGGAUUUUGAUAUGGGAACUCUAGGACUGGCUUACGUCGGUUCUCCCCGAGCAAACAGUCAUGGAGGUGUUUGUCCAAAGGCUUAUUAUAGUCCAGUGGGGAAGAAAAAUAUCUAUUUGAACAGUGGUUUGACCAGCACCAAAAAUUAUGGUAAAACCAUCCUUACAAAGGAGGCCGACCUGGUUACAACUCAUGAGCUGGGACACAACUUUGGAGCAGAGCACGAUCCUGAUGGUCUGGCAGAAUGUGCUCCGAACGAGGACCAGGGUGGAAAGUAUGUCAUGUACCCCAUCGCUGUGAGUGGGGACCAUGAGAACAACAAGCUGUUCUCAAACUGCAGCAAGCAGUCCAUCUAUAAGACCAUCGAGAGUAAGGCCCAGGAGUGCUUCCAGGAGCGCAGCAACAAGGUGUGCGGGAACUCCAGGGUGGACGAGGGGGAGGAGUGCGACCCCGGCAUCAUGCACCUCAGCAGCGACUCGUGCUGCAACAGCGACUGCACCUUGAAGCAGGGCGUCCAGUGCAGUGACAGGAACAGCCCUUGCUGUAAACACUGUCGGUUCGAGACUUCGCAGAAGAAGUGCCAGGAGGCUAUCAAUGCCACGUGCAAAGGCGUGUCCUACUGCACAGGGAACAGCAGUGAGUGCCCGCCCCCAGGAAAUGCCGAAGAUGACACAGUUUGCCUGGACCUGGGCAAGUGUAAGGAUGGCAAGUGUGUCCCCUUCUGUGAGAGGGAGCAGCAGCUGGAGUCCUGUGCGUGCAAUGAGACGGAGAACUCGUGCAAGGUGUGCUGCAGGGACCCCUCUGGGCGCUGCGUGCCCUACGUGGACGCGGAGCAGAAGAACCUGUUCCUGAGGAAGGGCAAGCCCUGCACCGUAGGGUUCUGCGACAUGAACGGCAAGUGUGAAAAACGCGUGCAGGAUGUAAUUGAGCGGUUUUGGGAUUUCAUUGACCAGCUGAGCAUCAACACUUUCGGAAAGUUCUUAGCAGACAACAUCGUAGGGUCCGUCCUGGUCUUCUCCUUGAUAUUCUGGAUUCCUUUCAGCAUUCUUGUCCAUUGUGUGGAUAAGAAGCUGGACAAGCAGUAUGAGUCCCUGUCGCUGUUUCACCCGAGUAACGUGGAAAUGCUAAGCAGCAUGGAUUCCGCGUCGGUGCGCAUCAUCAAGCCCCUCCCCGCCCCGCAGACCCCAGGCCGCCUGCAGCCCCUGCAGGCCGUCCCUGCGAUGCCCCCUGUACCCGUGGCUCCGAAGCCGGACCACCAGAGAAUGGACACCAUCCAGGAAGACCCCAGCACGGACUCGCACGUGGACGAGGACGGCUUUGAGAAAGACCCCUUUCCCAACAGCAGCGCGGCCGCCAAGUCCUUCGAGGACCUCACAGACCACCCUGUGACCAGGAGCGAGAAGGCCGCCUCCUUCAAGCUGCAGCGGCAGAGCCGUGUGGACAGCAAGGAGACGGAGUGCUAGUGCAGGGCCGCGUGAGCCCCGGGCUCCGGUGUGCCCGUGUGUAGGUGGGACCUGAAGUCGCAGCAGGCACCUGUGAAGUUCUGGGCGACCCCAGGAGUGGCCUCGCAGCAGAUGCCCGUCACAGGUUCAGGGACUGCUCGGGCCGCCCGCCCCGCCCCCUGCUGGAGAGGUCAGGUGCAUCUAGCUUAUUUUGAGGCUUUCAGGUUUUAGUUCCUAAUCAUUAAAGUGUCCCUGGACCUGUGGUACCAAAGCAGAAAUACAGCUGGAUGAUGUCAGAUAUUUACGUUUUUGUAAAUUAACCCUUUGUGUUGCUAACAGCACUGAUGAGCAAGCUGAUCUGAUGUUUCUACACUGUAAUGGUCCACUGUGGUGUUGAGUUACUUGUGAGGACGACUGGAACAGUUAUUUAUUUUUUUGCCUUAAAGGAGAUAAAGCUAUUUCUACAUUAUCUCCAAAACGUGGGUCUUCUAUCUGGUGUUACCCAUGUCGGCAGCAUGCGGAGAGAAUCGGAGUUAAUGUGGCUCUGGAACGUUCUAGACCACGUGGAGCUGCAGACGGCACUCCUGCCUGUCUGAGGACUCCAGCGUGCUGGGCGGUCUCUGUGUAGUCUCGUCCGCCCAAUACCACGCGAUGCUCGGGGAAAAAGUUCCCAGGAGUCCGGCUGGCUGUGUUCCAACACUAGUGGGGAAGUGUUUCUCCCGUAGAAACAGACCUCUCUGCGCAGGCCAGGGCGUGCUGAGCCGGCCAGGAGGGGCGCGCAGCAGGGCCCAGCCCGGAACGCCCAGGGGCUCUGCACCGCCUGCCCCGUCACUGCUCCAGGACGCCUGUGUGGAGGACAGGCGCGUCAGUCCAAAGUCUGGUCUACAGUUACCGUUGGGAGCUCUUUCCUAUAGCCAGCACAUCUUGACCAAGGUAACUCUCAGACCUUGAGGGCAGUUAACCAAACCUGUGACAAAUCAUGCCUCCCCCACCCCCACGUUUGUUACCCAGAUACUUGUCAUACUUGUUACACUAAUACUUGAACGUGUACCUUACGGUAUUUCCUGUCCUUUACCUUGUCAUGAUAUCCUUGUAUUUUCGCUGUACUUUCAGAGUUUGAUGCAAAGUGAGUGAGGUGUGUGGGUAUAUGUAUGAGUGAAACUGUUCUUAGCAGAAUGUAAGGACAUUUUUUAUAAAAUUGUUGACUUUUUACAAAA